GAGCAAGGAAAUCCACCUCCCGAACCUAACUAUCAUGACUCAUCAAUGACUGAAUUCAAGAGGGAAGUCAAGAGGAAGAGAAGAGAAGCUCAACCACAUGCACUGAGUCUAAGCCGCAGACCCCAUUAAUUUUUACAGAUUUUCGCAAUACCACCUACCCCAGGAUGCCACCAUUUAAUAAGGUUUUCAACCACUUCAUCCCUAUCUACCUACGUCACCCUUGCCUUCAUUCUCCUUCACUCCCUUUGCGUUUCUCUGCGCUCCGUUUUCUCUCUGUGGACGCUGGUCUUCUGGCAGCACGUUAUAGUACAUUCAUGGAGGUGAUCAAAGCAGUUGCCAGGCAGGGGUCAGCAACAGUGGAAAGUGUUGCCAUAAGAGCCAACCAGAAGAGUUACAGUUACAAUCAACUCAUUUCAUCUGCAAGGAAGAUAUCUAGUCUGUUAUGUAAUGGUGACAUAAAACCUACUUAUGGCGUGAGCAAACACAAACAUUCAGGAAAUGGACAUCUUGGUGGUGCUCGAAUAGGAAUUGUGGCUAAACCUUCAGUUGAGUUUGUUGCUGGAAUACUAGGAACUUGGUUUAGUGGAGGUGUUGCAGUUCCACUUGCACUUAGCUAUCCAGAAGCUGAGCUCUUACAUGUGAUGAAUGAUUCGGAUGUGUCCAUGAUAUUGAGUACUGAAGAUUAUCGUGAACUUAUGGAAAAUGUUGCUGCUAAGAGUUCGGCUCAAUUUUCUCUUAUUCCUCCUGUUCCCAGUAUUCCCUCACCGACAAGUGCACAUGAUCAUCCACAAACUGGAGAAAUAGUUGCAGAUAAAAGUUUGCAGGGGGAAAUUGGAAAGUGGAAUAAAUUAGAAGAUGAGGAUCCUGCUCUGAUUAUAUACACUAGUGGUACAACAGGGAAACCUAAAGGAGUUGUUCACACACACAAAAGCAUUAAUUCACAGGUCCAGAUCUUGACAGAAGCUUGGGGAUAUACAUCUGCUGAUCAAUUUCUGCAUUGUCUACCUCUGCAUCAUGUUCAUGGGCUAUUCAAUGCUUUGCUUGCACCUCUCUAUGCUGGUUCCACGGUUGAGUUUAUGCCCAAGUUCAGUGUGAGAGGAAUCUGGCAGAGAUGGCGUGAAUCACAUCCUAAAGAUGGAACUAAGGUUGAUGAUGCUAUAACCGUGUUUACAGGAGUUCCAACUAUGUAUACUCGAUUAAUACAAGGUUAUGAAGCAAUGGAUCCAGAAUUGCAAGCUGCUUCUGCCUCUGCCGCAAGCAAGUUACGGCUCAUGAUGUGUGGCUCCUCUGCGCUUCCCUAUCCUGUCAUGCAACAAUGGGAAACUAUCACAGGACAUCGUCUUUUGGAGCGAUAUGGAAUGACUGAGUUUGUCAUGGCAAUUUCUAAUCCCUUAAAAGGUGUGCGGAAAGGAGGCACGGUUGGAAAACCAUUCCCUGGUGUGCAGGUAAAGAUUCUUGCAGAUGAGAGUGAACCCGAGACAACGGGGGUUGGUGAGCUUUGCAUCAAAAGCCCUUCAUUAUUUAAAGAAUAUUGGAAACUUCCUGAGGUAACUAAGGAAUCAUUUAUUGAUGGCGGGUUCUUCAAGACUGGUGAUGCUGUUAAAGUGGAUGACGAUGGAUACUACAUCAUCUUGGGACGUACAAGUGCUGAUAUUAUGAAGGUUGGUGGUUACAAGUUAUCUGCAUUAGAAAUUGAAGCAGCGUUGUUAGAGCAUCCAGCGGUCUCAGAGUGCUGUGUAUUGGGCUUGCCGGACAAAGACUAUGGGGAAGCUGUAUGUGCCAUAAUUGUGCCUGAAGCAGAUGAAAAGAAAAAACAAGAGGAAGAACUAAAGCCUGCUAUAAGCUUGGAAGAACUUUGCACCUGGGCUAAAGAGAAGCUUGCACCAUACAAGCUUCCAACCCAAUUGCUUCUAUGGGACUUGCUGCCUCGAAAUGCUAUGGGAAAGGUGAACAAAAAAGAAUUGAAGAGAAAGCUGGCUGCUGAAGGGCAUUAGUUUCUUCUAAUUGCAGCUCAACAGUGAUGAUGCAGCCUUGAUCUUUGCAGUCCAAUAUCAAACUUGGAGGAGGGAACAUCCGAUUCUUAAUUUUUCUUCUUCCUUUUUGUUUUCUAUUCCGGCUAGUUAGUUGUAGAAAAGCAGAUAAUGAGUCAUUAAGACUAUUUAAGUCAAGUAAAGCCAGCAACCCAUUGUUGAGCUGUCCAUUUGAGGAAAGUCAAAUGUUUAAAUUCUGUGGGUUUGAUCCCAGAAAAUAACUAAAAUGUAAUGGAUUGUUCUGAAUGAGAUGAUAGAAGAUUUCAGAUUA